GCUCGAUCACAAUAAUCAAAAUCAACUGAAUCGAGGUGAAAAUCCGAACCGGCAGGUGUUCAAAAUUAAAUUUUUGUUUUCAAAAAUGGCAGUUGUUCGUCCUUUUCCUUUGCUGCUUGGUUGAUCCUUUUUCUCUUUGUCGUUGUCGUAUUUUAAAUUAAAAGAAAAUUAUAUUUUCUUGAUAAAUAAACCAAAGAAACAUUGUUUUUAAUUAAAAAACAAAAUGUCUUGUGCAGUUGAUAAUAAUGCAUUCGAAAUGAUUAUAACUCCUUCGCGUAAAAGAAAACGCGAUUCAGGACGCACAGAAUUACCUCUGGAAAAUACUCCUCCCUUAAAAACAACGCCUCACCAAAGAUCAUCUGCAUUUACAAAUGCUGCCUUUUCAUCCACACCAAAGAAAGAAAUUCAGAGUAUUAUUCAGAAGUUUAAUCGAUUUCCACCUAGCAAGAGACGUCCUUUGGGCAAGGAAAAUGGGAUUCGCUUUGCUACAGCUGAUCCUUGCUUGGAGGUGAAAUCCAUAUCUGACUUGGUGCAUAAGAAUGAAGAACCUACAAGUGGUAAUCCAUUUGAAGUGAUUCGAAAACCUCCAAAGAAGAAAAAGAAAGCUGACCUCGAAGAUGCUUGUUUUGUUAAUACCGGACUAAAUCUAGAAAUACCAGAGAAGCAGUUUAAUCCUUUUGAGGUAAUGCGAGACUCUCCGACUAGAUUAGUAAAAUCCAAUGAACCUCAAUGCUUUGUGAAUCCAGCUCUAAAUAUUCGCACACAAGACACAACUUUAGCUCGCAAUCCAUUCGAGAUACAACGCCAUAAUCCGGCAAUAUCCGAAAACACCUCAGAUGGCAUUGAAAAUCCAGGUUUAGACUUGGCAAACACAACGCUGCGAAUUGGAAUUCCAUUUACACCAACUAUUGGUUGCCGAAUUGAUUUCAAUAAUCUAACUCCUUCGAAGAUGUUGUCCGAGAAAUUAGUGUUCUCUCCAAUGAUUGGAAAAAACAGAGUUCUAACAGACAUUAACGAAGAAGACACAACAAUGGAUAUCGGAAAAGAACUUGAUCUUUAUCAACUGGAGUUGGAGAACAGUAUAAAUGAGGCUAAGCAGAGGAAAACUACAAACAUUGAUUGUAGAACGUUCAGUGAAAAAUUGGAAGAUAUAAAGGAAGAUUCACAAGAAGAAAAAGAAGAAGGUGACGUUCCAGAGCAAGCGCAAGGGGAAGAACCAAAAACACCCGAAACAACUAAUGUUCUAGAGAAUACUCAGAGCAAGUUAAGGCUUGAAGCGGUGGAAACUCCACCUGUUCAAAAGCUAUCAGAUCAAGAUACUGUCCCAAAUGCAGCAGGCAAUGUUAACAAAACUUAUGUUAAGGAAGCGGCCCACAAUGAAUCUUUUACAGAUGAUGAAGGUAUUGACUAUGACGAUACCGAUGAUGAUGCUGUAGUAGAUUUUAAAGCUCCUGCUCCAUUUGUGCGAGCUUAUCGUAGACCGGACCCCAUUCCUCCAUCACCGCUGAGUAUCGAAAACCAUAACAAUGAAUUAAUGAAGGAGGAUUCAAAACCUCUAACAGCUGGAAGUGAGACUAAGUCGUCGAUGAAAAGUAUGAUCCGCAACAGUAUUCGAAAGCUGAUUCACCCAAAUAAAACAAGCAUUGAAGAUAAAGCAGAGAAAAAAACACAUGCCUCAUCGGAGAAUCAUUCCUCAAAUGGUCAUCAUUUCAUGGAAACAAUAAGACAUAGUUUACGACGAAAACCCCAAAAGGAUGUCAUUGAAAUGCCGUCUGCCGAGCCUUCUGUUCGUGAAAUAUCCAUUAUUGAUACAAGCGAAAGGAAAAUGAAACUCAAAUCAAACGCAAUCCACACAGGUUACAUAAAAAUGGAAGAUCUUGCCACGGAACGAAAGACUUCCUUGCGAAGUAGCAUAAGAAAAUCUACUCGCGAUGUUAAGAAUCAAAUUAUGAAAUCUGUUUUUCAUAAAAACAAUGAGGAGUAUAAUUUUUCUUAGUAACAAAAUAAAAACCUUAAUAUUUUUAAGGACACCAUUUAAGGAGGUAUUAUUUUUUAAGUUUAUAUAACUCUUAAACCAGUAUUAUACCUGUUCUCUUUGUUUUAUCCGUCUUUUAUUUAUUCAAAUAUAGUUUUGUGUUUUUGGAAAAAAUAUUUAGCAUAUAUGCACCCAUUUAUUAUUAUU